CCACUCAUUUUAUUUAGGUUCUUGUCCGGUACGGAGGUUGUUACUUUUUUCUCACGCGUUUUCGGUUAAAUUUGCGUUGUUCGGGAGCAUAAGCGAAAACAUUUCCCGCAGAAUUACCUUCCGGUGCAUCAAUAUUUUAAGACUUGACCUAUAUUUGACGAAAACAACAUGUCGUCUCGGCUGAAUUUGAUGCGCACUUUUCUGAGUGCCUCCAGCUCUUCCGGCGAUGGAGAUCGUUCUCAAACAGCUUCCGGAGAGACCCCGGAAGAAACGGUGGAUAGCGGCUUCAAGACGCGAACUCCAGAAAGUACGCCGACGGCACAGCGAAAAGUUAUAGGGCGUGGAUCGGGUGCAUCGGGAGGUGAUUCCUCAGAAUCCGACAAACAAUCCGGAUAUUCAACUGGCCUUUCAAUUACCGGACGUGGACGAGCUCAGUUUAUCCAAUCCCUGAUUCGCCAACCGCUCGACGCUUCGAGUUCGAUCGUUUCGGAAGAUUCAGGCUCGGUGACCUCCGCGCGUAUCUCCACCAUUGGAGGCGGUCGCGGAAGAUUCAUUCAGCAACUUUUGAAUACAGCUGUGGAUGCUCAAAGUGAGGAGACGCAGUCGAACGGACACCGAACUCGUGUGGAUUCUUUGUCGGAAAAAAUGUCGCAAACCACGAUCAGUGUCACUGAAACUUUAACCUUCGAUAAAGCUCCUGUUAUCAAAACUGGGACGAAAGGAACUCCGGUGCAGCUCAUGACCAACUAUAUUCGCAUUGCAUGUGAUCCAGAUCGUGGUCUGUAUGAGCAUGAAGUUCGAUUCCAUCCUGAGGUCGAUUCAAAAAAGGCUCGAUACCAGUAUCUGGCUCAACACACUGGAACCAUCGGAAACACUAAGACUUUCGAUGGUGUUAAACUUUUCCUACCGAAGCAGCUGCCAAAUGCGGAAACAAUUCUAAAAUCCAAAAAUCCGGUUGAUGGCCACGAAGUGACGAUCAAAAUCAUCUACAAACGGAAGCAGCGCAUGAGCGAAAACAUUCAAUUUUAUAACAUAUUGUUUCAACGGAUCAUGAAAGUUUUGAAGCUGGUUGAAAUGGGUCGGAAAAAUUUCGAUCCUUCGGCUCCGAAACUGAUACCGCAACAUCGCUUAGAAAUCUGGCCAGGUUAUGUAAGCGCUGUAGAUGAGUACGAAGGCGGUUUGAUGUUGAAUCUGGACGUUUCGCAUCGAGUGUUGCUCCAAACAACAGUGCUAGAACACAUAAAAAUUCUUGCCAAGUCGAAUCCUCAAGACUACAAGAACUUGGUCACCAAAUCAUUGCUUGGUGCUGUAAUUUUGACUCGUUAUAACAACAAAACAUAUCGAAUCGAUGAUAUCCUUUUCGAUCAGAAUCCAUUAAUGACUUUUCAGGCGAGUGGUAAAGCAAUUUCAUACGUGGAAUAUUACAAGCAGCAGUAUAACAUCGAUAUUCAAGAUACAAGACAGCCAUUGCUGAUUCAUCGGAAAGAGCGACGUAUAGCCGGUCAAGAGAAACCUCAGGAAAUGAUGAUGUGUUUAAUACCUGAAAUCUGCUACCUCACUGGUUUGACCGAUGAAAUGCGCAGUGAUUUCAAGGUGAUGCGCGACAUUGCAGCCUUCACUCGAGUUUCUCCCAAUCAGCGUCUUGGGAGCAUGCGCCAGUUUUGUCAGAAUGUUAACGAAAAUCGCGAGGCUCGGGAAAUUUUAGAAGUUUGGGGAUUGAAACUGGACAAUGAUCCACUCAUAAUGAAAGGUAGAUGCUUCGAUGAGGAAAAAGUUAUCUUUAGCGGUGCUACAGUUGGAGUGGGACGGUCUGGCGAUUUCAAUCGAGCCGUAACCAGCAACCACAUGAUACAAGCUGUCAACAUACGUAAUUGGCUUCUGAUUCAUACCAAUAAAGAUUCCAGAAUCGCAAAGUCGUUCAUGGACUGUGUGGAACGCAGUUGUCGUCCGAUGGGCAUUCAGAUAGCUCCACCCACGAUCGAGGUGCUAAAUAGCGACAGAACCGAGCAAUAUGUUCAAGUACUGCGUUCCAAAAUUCGCCAAGAUACCCAAAUUGUGGUGAUUAUUUGUCCAACGUCCCGUGACGAUCGCUAUGCAGCUAUCAAACGAAUCUGUUGUUCGGAAAUUCCCGUUCCUUCACAGGUUAUCAAUGCUCGAACACUUAAUAACGAGGCCAAAAAUCGUGCCAUUGUUCAAAAAAUUAUCCUCCAGAUGAACUGUAAGCUUGGGGGAAGCCUGUGGAGCAUACAUAUUCCAUUCCAGAAUGUGAUGAUAGCUGGCAUCGAUACCUACCACGAUCCGAGGCAGAAAAGUAGCUCGGUUUCGGCCCUGGUGGCGUCGUUAAAUGGAGAUUAUACUAGAUGGUAUUCACGAGCCUGCAUUCAGAACAAAAAAGAAGAAUUUAUGAACGGGCUAUGUGCUUCUCUGGAAAAAUCCCUAAAAGCGUAUCAAACCAUGAACUGCGUUCUGCCAACAAAGAUUAUCAUUUUCAGAGAUGGAGUCGGCGAUGGGCAACUCCGUUUAUGCAGUGAGUAUGAAAUUCCGCAAUUACAAGAAGCGUGCAAAUUGCUAGCGCCCGACUAUUGCCCAGAACUGGUUUUCAUAGUCGUUCAGAAGCGUAUCAACACCAGAAUGUUCCGGGUCGAGGGUGCUAAUCAAAAUUUGGAUAAUCCCAAUCCAGGAACGGUGCUGGAUCACACCAUAACACGCCGGCAUCAUUUCGAUUUCUUCUUGGUUCCGCAAUCGGUUCGGCAGGGAAGCGUAUCUCCGACCCAUUACAUCGUAGUGCAUAACCAACCCGAUUACAGUCCGGACGUACUGCAACGGCUCAGCUACAAGCUGUGCUACCUCUACUAUAACUGGCCUGGCAGUGUCCGUGUACCGGCUUGUUGCCAGUACGCACAUAAAAUGGCAUAUCUUAUCGGUCAGUCGGUUAAGCGAAACCCAGAUGAAACGCUGAACGACAAACUAUUUUACCUAUAGAGUAGAAACUUUCAUCAACGUUUUAUUUUUUUUAUGUUUGUACUAUCCGCAGCAAUUAACAAACUAGAAAUUAUUGUUUUAUGUUCCACGAGCUUAAACUUUUUGUUAUGAUUUUAGAUUUUCUUUUCUUGCUACGUAUAACAUCAAACAUUCCGGAACAAAUUGCAGUUCUGAAAAUCAUGACAAUAUAAAAAAAACCAGGACACUCACCAAAGAUUUUAUGUAACCUGAUCAGUAUAACAGCUUAGAUUAACUUGAUUGACUGCUCAUAUCCAACCUUAUUCAUUGUUUCUAUUCAACUACUAAAAUCUUUGAAAUCUACCUUCAUUUAGUUUUCAACUCCCAUUGAUAACCGAAACUGAAGCCAUAUUUCCAAGUUAAUGUAAGUACCUACUCUUUUAAGAGCAAACGCACCAAUACGGGAGUAUACGCGGCCCGGUUUUACUCAUUUCAGCGGACCGGUUUUGGUAUACACACUCUUUUGCGCACCAGGCGGAAGCAUUUUUUAUUUUUAAAUUUCGCAUUGCACUGAAAAAACUUUUGCAGAAAAUCUUAAGCCUAGUCCACACUCAGCAACUUGAACUGCGAUUUCGGUUGCUGAGACUGUUUACAUCUUGGUUGCUGAAUGUCUCCCAUACUAGUCGGGAGACUUGAGACGAGCAUCUCAUCAAAUGUAAACAAAAACAAGUCUCAGCAACCGAAAUUGCAGUCCAAGUUGCCUAGUGUGGACUAGGCUUUAAUCUCAAAUUAAUAUGGACCGUGUAAAUUUCGGAGUCGUGAGUUUUUUCGUUUACAUCAACAUUGGUUUAGAUUUCGUUUAAUUGUGGUCUUAAAAGGGCCUGUGGGAUUGUUGGCGGUUAUUCGACGGGUUAGCUGUUAUACGUGACGAGACGUCAAAGUCGAAACCUGGUUGAAUAUGCCGUACAACAGAAGCAUGGCCAACCAGCUUCGAGCGACCAUCAAUGGGAUCCGGUGGCGGAUGCAGCAAGAACUUACGGGCAGCAGCUGCCGGAAUUAUUCGAAAGUCAACAAAGCCUGCGCGGAGUUAUAGCUGCUGUGGAGUUACACCAUCAAGCAGGAGGUUUUCCGCCGCUGGUCCAGAAAUUCGGCUUCAGUGAGUUGGAACCGUUCACUCUUGAGCAGCGAUAUAUGAAGUACCACACGCAGAGAAAACUUGGAUUUUGAUACAAAACAAAACUGACUUUGAAUCAAAAAAUUCAUUUUUUGGAAUCAAACUCCUGUUUUCUUUGAAUCAAUGAAUUAUGGUUUUGAGUCAAAUAAAUAAUUUUUGAAAGAAAGAAUAAUAUUUUUGAAUCGAAUAAUUUUGGACUUUGAUUUUAAAGAAAUUCUUUGAUUUAAAAGACAAUUUGUUCAAUUGCAUAUUUCUUUUGAAACAAAGUAAAUUUUCUUUUAACCAAAGAAAAAUGCUUUCGAAGGAAAGGAAUAAUUUCUUUAAAUAAAAACUUCAAACUUAGAGUUAUUUUGGAUUGAGCAAGAUGAAUAAAACAGAAAAAUAGAAUUGAGUUUGGUAGGUUGUGUUAAAAAUCUAAACCAGUUAACAGAGUUAGCUAAGGAGAAUUCAGGAUGAAGAAUGGUAAGUGUAUCCGUUAAUAAAAAAGGGAAUAUUUAAGAAUUUCUAUAAGCGCUUGCAUUGUUACAGGACCACUGCUGAUUCCACCCGAAAUUCAGCCGUUAGUUUAUCUUCGGCCCGAUCUUCAGCGGCAACCACCAGUCGGAUAGCGAGGAAAGCCAGCAACGAGACUUGCUUCCGGAAGUCAGCUCACGAAGAAAUGCCUCUACGCCAGACUGGUAAACUUUGUCACCGAAAUUUAGGAUCGGAUCACUCAAUUAUUUUUAUAGUGAACAAGUGUUUUUUUUUUAGUUCGUGAAUAAAAAAGAAUUAAAAUUUUAUAUUUUCCUUUCUAUUAUUUAGAAUUCCUAACAGGAACUUCGGAACAACUGAAAAUAUUUCUUCCAAUUGGAAUAAAUGGGAAAGAGUUCAAUAAAUGAAUGCUUUUAAAUCUAAAUCUAUGUUACAUUAUAGCAAACGAAAACAACUUUGUAUCAAAUGAAACUGUUUUUUGUUUCAAAGGAUUAGAAUUUUGAUUCAAAGAUUUUUCAAAAGAAAAAUUCUUCGAAAGAAAGAAAAAUUCAUUUGAACCAAAGGAAUUUUUAUUUAUCCCAAAAUCAAAGGAAAAAAUCCUUUGUUUUUGCGGCACUUUCCUUUGAAAUAAAAAAUCUUUUCGAUGCGUGCAUGUUGCGUCGUUGCCCCGGUUCAAACGUAUCUGCUCUGAAGAUACCCCUCAUGGAAACACCCACCACCGUUUCAGCGACUUGAUCAGGUUCGAAACGACCAAGCACCGGAUUGUGAAUUUUCGCCACCGACCCACGAUGACGAAGAUGAUCCGACAUCGACUCGUUGGAUUAAUCGAGUUUCUCGAAGAAGAUUAAAUUUUGGAUUUAACCAUUUCGAGUUAAAUAAGUACACUUUAACAUGUUAUCAACAAUAAAAAUGAGCAUUCAUAUAAAAAAUGUUGAUUAUUUAUUCAUCCGAUAAACCAUUUUUUUCCACAAUUCCAUUAAAAGGCCAUCCAGUGGGUAUUGAACAAAAGCAAACAAUUUGCGUUAUCUUAUUAUUUUAUUUUUAAAGUAUCGCAUUCUUUGAAAUGGACACAAACUUUAGCUAUUUAGGCAAUAUAAUGCUCCCUCCUAUUAUUAUUAUUUUUUACGAACUCUAUCCGCUGAUCAUAUAGUAUAUCUUCGGAAUCUUUGUUGUAGACCAUUCGUUCCAGGUUCUUGACGAUCAGCUUUUGCGAUGGAAGCUAGUGUUGCCUGUUCCGGUGAUGGAGGAUUUUUUUUUACUUUUGCUGUAUCGGUGGGCUGCUGCUGCUGUCGGUGUUCUUUGACCGAGGCACCGCUCGGAAGCGGGGGAGGCUUGAGUGGGUCCAGCUUAGUCGGCAGGUUUGGUUUGCGAAACAUCCCAGCCAGAAAGUGCGCAUUUUGUUUGCAGCUGGUUUCUCAGCUGCUGCUGAGAAUUCGUUCGAACGGUCCAUAAUAUAAAAAAAACACUCGAGCCGAUCCGAUCCGAGUCCGGAGCAGUUUUAUAUAGAAUCUUCACCGUCAUUGGCUUUGCCAGUCCAGAUUACUGUACCUACAUAACAUAAAAACGAAAUUCUAUUUAUUUUAAUUAAAAUAUUAUCUUUUUAAAUUAUUACCUCGAAUCCAUGCAAAUUCCUGCUACGGUGUUUGUCGGGCCGGAUGAUGGAUAGAAUUUUGAACCAGGUGAAAUGUCCAAACCAACAGUUCUUGAUUCCGAUGCAAACCUCUGACUCGAAUGAAUGAGCAAAUUUUUACUGAGGCUUGGACCAAGGCUCUUGGUAGUGGUUCUGUAACCUCUAGCAUUGGAUUCACGUUCAGUUUUUGGUGUGGAUCGAUGUGAAAACAUGGCUCAAGAGGUUUGGCCGCAACUGUGGCAUCGAUUGACAGCACUUUUUUGGUGUGCUCUUACUGGCCAGUUAAAAUGUUCACCAGAUCAACUUCCAUUUGUGUCUGCUGGCAUAUCAUUUCUGUAAAAAAAAGUGAUUUAAAUCAUUUGAAUCAUUAUCGGCAGAAAUUUGAUGUGCUUCUAAUUGCCAAAUUCCCAACUUUCGGAAAAGUUGGAACUAAAACUAAAAUAAAAAUUUAAAGGAAGCGUUAAGUUUUUUUUAGAAGAAUUUUAAUGUUUAUAUCUAUUUAUUAUUUUAAGUAAAUCCCAAUUUGAAAAAAAGUUGAUCAAAUUUAGGUUAUGAAAUCAAAAAAUAAUUUUAAUUGGACCCUUCUUCACUCACCUGGAAAUGGAUUCUUUGUUUCUGAUUCCGGAAAACGAUCCCCGCCCAGACUCACACGGUCCUGAACCGUUGACCCGGGAGUCCGAUGACCGCUGAAGCCGUGCCUGCAAAGCUUUUUGUUCCUGAUAGAGCCGUUUCAGCCGCAGAAUUUCGUUCGACUGUUUCCACUGGCCACGAUUCGAUGGCAUGACGGAAGUUCUUUUUGAAUGCGUCAAUUAUGUAUUUUACCUGGAGUGUAUAUACUGUUAUGUGCUCAGUGCUCAUCCAUCGGAAAAAGGGUAGUGAUGUGAGGGAACACUUCCGACUGAAGUUGGAUUUGGCAGUGGUGGCGAUAUGAUCGGUAGCCGCCGGUGUCUGUGGUCGCACUCGUGAGUGAGGAAGUUCUCAUCAGAAUUAUGUUACCGCUGCUGCUGUUAACGAUGUGGUGCUGGUUGUCCCGGCCCAGUAUUCACCUUAUUUAGCGCUUAAACUGCUCCCGUGUUCGUCCGGUCGGUCCGUGACAAAUUGAACUGAACUGAAUGUCAACAAACUCUACACGCUGAAUAUAGUUUGUUUACUCAGGAUUAAACGGUAGAAUUUUUUCAGUGCAUGUUUGCUCUCGCCCCUUUCUAGUGAGCAAAUUUGGUGACUUUGUCGGUCCCGACGGCAACGGCCCUAUUUUGCUCACCCUCAUACUAACCCCCGGUGCGGUAUAAAAGUGAUUAAACUCGUGAGCAUUUUCACUUUGCUCGCGAUUGCUGCGGAUGCCCUAAUAGAUUUGAGUUUAUUUACCAUUUAUGGAACCUAUAAGUUUUCGUAUAGCUAAGCCUGAUAAAAGGUUAGUAUUCUAUCAAAUCGACUGAAAAAUGAAAAUUAUUGAUGUUUUCAAUUGGCGUGCCUUUCUUUUCUUCAAUAACCGUAACGGUUU